AACCCGGACCUGUCAAGACGGGACGAUAAACAUCAUAUAAUCUUGUUGUUUGGUAGUUGGACUGAUGGAAGCUAAGCAGAAACGGAGCCGAGCCGAACCGGACCAGCCCACGUCCUGUCGAGAAACGAGAGAGAGCAGCAGCCAGACUGACAGCAAGAUGCAAGGUCAUGGCCCCAGGUUGUCCAAAGUAAACCUGUUUACCCUGCUGAGCUUGUGGAUGGAGUUGUUUCCUCAGGAACGACAGGAGGAAGAUGAAAAUGAUCAGAUUCGUGGGAUCGGCCUGGUCGUGGUGCGGGAAGGGAAGGUGGUGGGUCUCCACUGUUCAGGAGCCGAGCUGCACGCGGGACAAGCAGCCAUCCUCCAGCAUGGUGCCGGUCUGGCUCACUGCCAGCUCUACUUCUCCAGGAGACCCUGUGCUACCUGCCUCAAGAUGAUCAUCAACGCUGGAGUCAGUCAGAUCUCCUUCUGGCCCGGAGAUCCUGAGAUCAGCAUGCUGACACCCACCCCUCCAAACCACACCACCUCCCACCUCCCCGCGCCCUGCUCGAUGACAGAAGAGGCGGCGCUGGACGCCAUCGCCGUGGAGCGGCUGAAGUCGAACAGUCGUCCUCACAUCUGCGUGCUGCUGCAGCCGCUGGCGCCGGGCCUGCUGCAGUUUGUGGAGGAGACGUCUCGAGGGAGCGACUUCAUGGAGAGGAUGGCGGACGACGACCCAGCGCUGAACACAGAAGAACUUUUCAACAGAGAACGCUUAAGACAUCUCCGAGGUUUCUCCAAACAGUUCCUGGUAGAAACGUCUCAGCAGCACAAAGACAUUUUGAUUCAGAUGAGCCUGGAGAACUUCUGCGUAGAGCCCUACUUCUCCAGCCUGAGGAGCAACAUGAUGGACCUGGUUGAGGUUCUGGCUGGRGUGGCUGCUGGGGUGCCACAGCACCACUAUGGCUUCUACAGAGAACAGUCCGCAGCCUCACUGCGACCCCAGCCUGGGCCCGUGUCUCAAGAUGUGGCUCGUCACUGCAUCAUCCAGGCCAGGCUGCUGGCCUACAGGACAGAGGAUCCAAAAGUGGGAGUGGGUGCUGUUAUCUGGGCAACUGGGCGGACGGCUGCCUGCUGUGGGACAGRGUGUCAGUUUUUGGUCGGUUGCGGGUUCAACGCCUACCCUGCCGGCUCAAAGUACGCCGAGUACCCRCAGAUGGACAACAAGCAGGAGGACCGCCAGAGGCGCAAAUACAGAUACAUCGUCCACGCGGAGCAGAACGCCCUUACCUUCAGGACGCGAGACAUCAAACCAGAUGAGGUCACCACGCUGUUUGUGACCAAAUGUCCCUGUGACGAGUGCGUCCCUCUGAUCAGAGGAGCGGGCGUCACACACAUCUACACCUCAGACCAGGACCAGGACAAAGACAAGGGGGAUAUUUCCUACCUGAGAUUCGGAAGCCUGAGGGACAUCAGCAAGUUCAUAUGGCAAAAAAGUCCCUCGGUUUCCUCAGGACCAUCACCUCACGUUGCCAAUGGUUGCAUCGAGAAGCACAGCAGGCAGACUGAGCUGGAGGGUCCCAAAAACAAGAAGCUGUGCACCGAAAGGUCCGGCGAUUCAUCUACAGUCAGCUAAACGUUCUCUACAGUUCAAACCUGUCCUCCGUUAACCAAAAAAAAAAAAAAAAAAAUCAUGUUACCGGCUUCAAAGACGAGAUACUCCAGUUUCUGCAGAAACAAGACUGAAGCUAAAUAAUUGUUGCUUCUGUUUGUCAAAUUGGCAUCUUUUACACGUCUGGUCUUGAUGUAAACAGACAACCUCAACAUGAAGGUACUUCUUCAAUAAAUGAUGGACAGAUCGUCUUUUAGACAGAUGCUGUACCCCCAACAGGAACUCUACUCAGUGAGGGAGUAGAGUUCCUGUUGGGGGUAGAUGCUGUACCCCCAACAGGAACUCUACUCCCUCACUGAGUUAUCAUGCAUGUGAGGGUUUUCUCCGUGUACUCCGGUUUCCUCCCACAGACCAAAAACAUGCACGUUGGGUUAGUUGGUAACUAGAAAUUCUAGGUGAGUGAGUGUCUGUCAUGUGUCCCUGUGAUGGACUUGCGACCUGUCCAGCAUGUCCAACUCUCUCACAGGGACCUGAAGCGACCCGAAAAGCAAACGGAUGGAUGUUCUCAUCAAAAAAAAACAAAAAACAUCUGGAUUACAAACGUGCACAACACUCGUUAUGUUUUUAUUCAUAUACACAUUUACGCUCUCCUUUAUUUAUUUUUUUUGACACAUUUUAUUUYGCAUCCUCAACGAGAGGGUGCUGUGGCGCCCUCGGCACCCAUGGUUCCCUUGUCCUCGGGACAGAUGCAGUAAAGAAAGGCGGUACGGGUGGAAGAGAAGUGGAUCGUUCUAAACGUACAGAACGAGGGAAUGGGAAUGAAGAAACAUGGUAAUAGAAGGGUUAGAAUAAACUAAUGUGUAGAUUUGUUUUAUUUUUCUACAAACAUUAUGAUUUGUUUGAUGUGAAACAACAAAAAAAUACUUUUUUUUUUUUAAAAAGUAAAAUAAAAAAGGAACUUUACUAUUGCACUUUAUGCUGCCGCAUUUCUCCAGUUUUAUUUUGAAAUUUGUUACCGUAAGAAAUGUUGGAAAGUUUUUAUCCCGGCUAAAACGUACUCGCAUAAAACCUUUUUAAUUUCAGCGUGGAUAAAGGCCACCAUCACAUUCUUAUCCCCUACCAAAAAGUAGUAUAUGUAAGUAUCCUUUAAGUAUACUAAUUUUAAACUAUUAGGGAAAUACUUUAGUAUACUUGAUGACAUGUACUUAAAGUAUAGUACUUGUUGGUAAGGGUAAAGAAAUAUAGCUUUAAACAGAUGAAGGCAGAAACCAAACCAGUAGCAGAAGUGUUGCGAUUAUAAUUUAUUGUGUUGAAGAUUUAACUUCCUGCAUGUAGACGUGUUCCGUUUGUCUUAUUUCUGGUUUUAUUUUUCUCUGGUCGGUGCAACAGUUUUUUGUUCUUUUAACGCAUAGAUUUGUGAGUCAAACUUACGUAUUUUAAUAACAAAAACUGCAUUUCUGUCUGAAAACAAAGUUCCAAUGGACAGAUGAAUAAAAAUAAAACACUCAGAGAAUGCAUUCCCAUCGUUUUAUUUGUAGUGAGUGUGGUACAAUAUCAUCAGUGUGGGGGGAAAUCUGGUGGCUGCUUUUAAAGUAUCUUCUUUUUUUCCCAAUUUUACCCAUUAACGGCAUUAUAGACAUGAAGCUGGCUGGUUUAUAUUUGCAUCUCGUAUGUUAAAACUAAAAGACAAGCAUCUGUUUGAUUUUUUUUUUACCAUCAUAGACAAAAAAGCCUAAUGAAAAUUCAUAGUUUAUCUUAUUUCCUGAACAGCUGCUUGUUGUUCCAUUUCGUGUCAUUUUAUCAAGAAUUCAUUAACGCCACAAUUUCACCAACGGCUCCCUAGACUUUUGGCCUCAGUUUCGCAAUUCCAUUGAGUUUUCACUGUUGUGUUUAAAAAAAUUACAGCAGUGGUAAGUGAUGAGCUGCAAAAAAUCAAAUAAAGGUAAAAAUAAAAGUGUACAAACAUCCCCAUGGACAACGUAACUCAAAUAUAGUGAGUCAAGAGGUUCAUUGCUUAAUUAAAACAAAUAUGUUCUGUUCAGAGCAUAUUUUCAUCAACAUAAUAAGAAUUAAGCUCCCCCAAGAAAGAGACGGUAAAUACAAACAAAAGAAGGGGAAAAAAAACCUAAACAAGAAGGCACCACUGAAUCUUCAAAUAUUUCCUUUCUUUAAACCAACAUCGAAUCAAAAGGUUUGUUUUUUACAGUACAGAUCAGAAAAGGAGCAAAAUAAGAAAAAAAAAAA